AUGGGAGGAAACCCCCACAAUAGCUCAGGGUGGCCUCCUUUUACAUUGACAGGACUCCCAGCUCUGGAGAACUCCCAACACUGGAUGUUUCUGCUCCUUGGUGCCUUCUAUGCUGUCUCCCUUGUAGGAAAUGCCCUCAUCCUUUUCAUAAUCAAGGAGGAACAGAGCUUGCAUCAGCCUAUGUACUAUUUCCUGUCCCUGCUAUCAGUAAAUGACAUGGGUGUGUCUUUGUCCACACUGCCCACAGUACUGGUCACAUAUUGCUUUUACUUCAGGGAGAUCAGUUUUGAUUCUUGCAUGGCCCAAAUGUUCUUUAUCCAUCUCUUCUCCUUCGUGGAGUCUGGCAUCCUGUUGGUUAUGAGCUUUGACCGCUAUGUGGCCAUCUGUAACCCACUGCGCUAUGCCACAGUGCUCACUGAUACCCGUGUGGUGCAUCUGGGCAUGUCUGUUAUCAUCCGCAGUUUCUGUAUGGUUUUUCCACUGCCUUUGCUUCUAAGGAGGUUACCCUUCUGCAAGGCCAACGUCCUCUCCCAUGCGUACUGCCUGCAUCCAGAUCUGAUUCGCCUGGCCUGUGGUGACACCACCAUCAAUAAUACCUACGGUCUGUUCCUUGUCAUUGCUACCUUUGGCUUGGAUUCUGUGCUCAUUCUUCUCUCCUAUGUGCUCAUACUUCACUCUGUGCUGGCCAUUGCCUCCCAGGAAGAACGUCUAAAGACACUUAACACAUGUGUGUCACACAUCUGUGCUGUGCUCAUCUUUUAUGUGCCCAUGGUUGGUGUGUCCAUGGCUGCUCGCUAUGGGAGGCAUGGCCCACGGUAUGUACACACGCUCUUGUCCCUUAUCUAUCUCUUUGUGCCUCCAAUGCUCAAUCCCAUCAUCUAUUCCAUUAAAACCAAGGAGAUCCGUCGGAGGCUGCACAAAAUACUUCUGGGAACCAAGAUUUGA